AUGCACCUCGCCCAUCUGGGUUACAUCCGGGACCUUGUGGCUUCCAUUCUGGUUGAGACCGUGAGAUCGGGCGAGAUGGCAGCUUUCUUGCGAUUCGAUGGCAGCCCAGAUCAGCUUCUUCACAGGUGGACUGCGGAAGCCCAAAGUUUCUGCAAGGAUCGUGGCCUGGAUUGCUCGAUGAAGCCGCUGACGUGGGAAACUUUGCAUGCCAACAAGAAGGCUAUCUACCCUGAGCUCACUAGCCGUUUUAAAGCAAGUCGGACCAGAAAUUUUCUGGCGUUUACCGCUUAUUACUGCUGUCAACUGGAAUUUCUGGUGUCUGAUGACGCACCCUCAGACACGGUGCAUGGCAACGAUGGUAUGGAGAUUAUCGAAGCACAAUGGUGUUUCGAUACGUUCCUUCUGAGCUACGCUCACGUGGAUGAGCUGCCCUGUCACAAGCUCAACUUUUACCAUGCUGCGAAUUUUUUGGACGAGGAUCAUAUGAAGUUCCUCAAGAUUGUUUCGGCCGGCUGCCACGUGACUUCUCAGCCUCGCACCUGGGCAAGACGUUACCUGACGAAACAAGUGUUUCUCUGGCGACGCUUGCCCGGGGCGACGGCGAAGAAGAAGCGCUAUGAGGCUCACGUGACGGCACGGCUUUGCAACAACCUCAGAUUGAAUGCAAUUGUCGGCUACAAGGGACUGCUGGAAUUGGAGAAGUUUUGGGAGCCCGAUGUCCCCGCAGUGCUGUGUAAGCUUAAGAUGACGACCUCGACUAAAAUGGUGGAAGCUGUGGCGGCCGCCUUCGCGAAGGAGCCACGGCUGAAGGAGGUGGGGCUUGCCUUCCUUUGUGACCACUCGGGCAAGCUCUUCACGAAGAAGCCGAGCUUGAAGGAUGUUCGAUGCAAUCAAGAUGCAAUCUUUGCAGUGGUCAAGGCUACGAAUGGGGCGAGCCGAUUGAGUGCCUACAUGCUUCGGGAUGCGAUCCUUAAGUUCUACACCAAUAACCACUUGUUUCCGGCUGGGCUAUGUGCAGAUGCUGAGUGUACCCAAACCUGGGCUUUGAAGUAUGGCAAUGCCUUGAAGAGGCUAGUUGGCCGCACCCGGCGGAUUUGCAAGAGGGCCAGGACUUCCAAGGUGUGCAAGGACAAGGGUGACAAAGAUCAUGAUGAUGACGACUCGAAUGAUGGUGUGCCUGCUGCACCUGCGCCGGGGCUUCGGAUGCUUUCCUUUGAAACCCUGUCUUUGACUUCGGGGUCCAGUGGCUCCUCCUCGUCGGGUACGCUGUCGAGCUGCCUGUCGGUCCGUGAUUCUGAGGUCAGUCGUUUGGCUUCGCAGCUUCAGGGUCUUCGUUUGCUGAGCAAGGACUCUCCGGAGGGUCCGAGUGUCGGGUCCAGUGUCUCGACUACGGUGACUACGGCAAGCUUGUUUGACUUUGCUGCGAAAACCGAUUCGAAGCCUGCUGAUAUCCCCGCCGGCAAUAAGAUCCUGCCUUCCCGGGUUUUCGCUGACCUCUCCACGUGGCUGCCUGAACCUUCCAAAGGGUUCCCCUUGUCCAGCCAGUACGCAGGGGCCUUCGAUGCUGAGGAUGUUGAUGGUGUUCAUGACGAAGCGCCUGAGGAUAAGCCCAAAUCGAAGAAGCCGAAGAGGAAGCCAGGUUCCAAAAAAACGGGGCCCACGAAGGCUGAGAAUCUGGAGAGCAAGCCAGGUUCCAGAAACACGGGGCCCGAGGCUGAGAAUCUGAAGAGCAAGCCAGGUUCGAGAAACACGGGGCCCGAGAUUGCAAAGGAGCCUGCUGAACCGCUGGACCCCGAUUUCGAACCUUACCUGCCGAACCUCUACAGCGAGAAGCGAUUGGCUUACAUAGAGGCUCAUGCUGUGCAGUAUGGCAAGAAGGAGGCGUCUCAGAUGUGGAACACGUGCCUUCAGAAGGCUAAGAUGCUGGCAGGUGUGGGCCUACGGGAGCUUAAGAAGAGGAAGUUCGUUCCCAAAGAAGCCACCGAAAAUCCAUUUGUCAAGGUCGUCAAGCAGGCGAAGCUUGCUGCAGCGGGACUCCGUGGCACCUCCCUCGACAUCGAGCUGGAUCCGCAGACGAUGGAUUUCCUGAAGCCGGUCUGGACUGGAGGCUUCUGGAUGGGUAUGUUCGAUGGGAACUACACGAGGAACUUUGGUGAGUUCCUGGCUGGUGCCUUCCUGCACCUCCGGUCGGAGCCCUUCGUUCCUGAGAACCGCCUCCCGGGAUUGGGAGCUGAUGAUCUACGGAAAUCCGAUUAUGAGCUCUUCGUGCAGGCAAAAGCCAUCGAUGUACUUAUGUAUAUGUCCAAAUCAAAAUCCUUGGAGCUCCCUGGAAAUUGGGCCAAUGUGCUCUCGAUGAUCGGCUUGGGUGGCUGA